AUCCCUUUGACCGUGUAUUGUUGGUUUUGAGUUCUGUGCUUUUGUUUUGAAAAAGAGCAAGUCACUUCCUUUGUUUCUGAUUAACAUUAGAAGGUUUUGCACCAAAACUAGUUGUGGACUAUCUUAAUGACAGGACGAGGAGGCAGUUUAUCCCAUUCGAGUAAAAUGGGAUCGAAACAGAUUGCGCAGGAAACAUUUGAUGAUGCAGUGCAAGAAAACAUUACAGAAUUUGAAAUGGAUCCAGAAGAGGCUGUAAGAGAAGCUGUGCAGCAGUUUGAGUCCCAAGGUGUUGACCUAAGCAAUAUUGUGAAAGCUGUGCGGCAGCCUGCCUCUGAAAAUGGUCAAAAGCAAAAGCAUGAAAUUUUGCUGACUUUAGAUUCCCUUGGGAGAGCUGUUGCUGACUCUGAUCUUGCUGAGAUGGCCGAGCAGCUAGUGGUCUUCACCGAUCAAUGCAAAGAACAGCUGGCUUUCCGCUACCUGGCUGGGCAGAAUGGUGCCUAUUCUGUAGUAUUCUCUGCCUGCCAAUUGGCUUCAGGAGACAGAAAUUUAAUGCUGAAAGCCUUUUAUACUCUGUCUGCCGUCUUGGAUGGGCAGCCAGACCUACUUGAUUCCGCUGGCCAGGAUCUACUGCUACAAACUCUGAAAGAAUAUAGGGAGGAUGCGGACGUGACACUGGCUGGGAUCCGAUGCAUUCGCCACGCUUGUCUGAAACACGAGCAGAAUCGUCAGGACUUUGUGAAAGGUGGGGUUCUGCCACUUCUGACUGGAGCUAUAGUCCAGCACGGAGACAGUGCCGAUGUCGUCCGAACGGCCUCCUCAGCGCUCAGGAUCAUGACGUUUGAUGAUGACAUCCGCGUGCCCUUUGGUCACGCUCAUGAUCAUGCUAAAAUGAUUGUGUUGGAAAAUGAUGGGUUAAGAGUCCUCAUUGAAGCUGCAAAAGCAUUCACAGAUAACUCCAGUGUUCUCAGUGAACUGUGUGCCACCCUUUCUCGCCUCUCUGUCAGGAACGAAUUCUGUCAAGAAAUUGUGGACCUUGGCGGCUUAAAUUUUAUGGUGGCUCUCCUGGCUGACUGCAUUGACCAUCCGGACGUGGUGAAGCAGGUGCUGAGUGCCAUCCGAGCGGUUGCAGGUAAUGACGACGUGAAAGAUGCCAUCGUUAAUGCUGGGGGAACGGACCUUAUUGUGCUCGCUAUAAGCCAUCACCUUGCCAACCCUCAGAUCUGCGAGCAAGGCUGUGCAGCCUUGUGCAUGUUGGCUUUGCGCAAACCCGAGAACUGUAAUGUCAUCAUGGAAGGCGGAGGGGCGUUGGCAGCUCUUCAGGCUAUGAAAGCACACCCUCGAGAAGUGGCUGUACAGAAACAAGCUUGCAUGCUGAUCCGCAACCUGGUCUCCCGGAGCCGGGACUUUUCUCAGCCCAUCUUAGAGAUGGGAGCUGAGAACCUAAUAACAGAAGCUCGUGCAGCACACAAGGACUGCGAUGAUGUGGCCAAAGCUGCCCUGAGGGAUCUUGGCUGCAAAGUGGAGCUCCGAGAGCUGUGGACAGGUCAGAAGGGAAGCCUAGCUCAGUGAAUCGUCACUCCACUGAGCAGUGGAGCUUCGAGACAUCUAUGUACAUGAAGUUGUAAGGGGGGAAACAAAGUGGCAUGGAUUAAUUUGCAGUUACAUUGAACUGGAAUAUCUGAAGCAAAUGCCUGGCUUGUGAGGCUGCAGUGAACUUUUUAUUGGGAGCUACAGCUGAAAUGGCUUUAUGCAUUCACAGGCUGCAAAUCAACUCUGUGUAGUAAUCAUUCCCCAAAUCAUCUAAUGCCUGAAGAUGAUCUGUUCCCCCCUGUUGUUAUGUAUGUUCCUUGUGUACAGAACGGGGCUGUUCCCACGUGCUCUGUUCUAUACAGUAAGAGCAAAAGCGGCUCUUUUCUGAUAGGAGUUUGGUACGUACCGUGGCAGCUGGUUCCAAUUUGUUCCUCUGCUCUCUGCCGAUGGAGGCUAGCAGCCUGAUCUGGUAACGGGAUGGAUGAGGCGGAAUCCCAUCACUUGUGAAUGUGUUCUGUCCUGUUGUACUGUUCUACUAACUGUUAUUUUACUGUUGACCAUAUUCUGUGUUGCUGCUUUGUUUUGGAUUUUCAGCCAACAUAACAUUUUAAACAAAAGCCAAGUAAGGAUUUUGGAUAGUGUGGCCCAAAGCAACAUGCUUUAUGACGUUGCUGUUUGCACCCAGGAGGAAAGUUCAUGUUCUCUUUCAGUGAGAUGAGCGAGUCGGGACUGGUAGCGAGGACGGUAGUUUCAAAGCAAGGACAAACUGGCAGUGGUACCACGCAGCAGGAAGCCAGCCCUGGGGAGCCCAGGCUCUUAGCAGGGCGGCGCUUCCCUGAAUCCAAGAGUGCUGUAAUUGUCACGAAGAGGCCGUGCGCCUCGUGGACUGAAGACAACUGCAGACUUGGGGGUGAAACAGGAGAGGUGAAACAUCCAGAAAGGCUCUGAAGUCUCAGCUAAAGGCUUCUGUGUGCCCCUGUUUCUUGCUGGGCUGUGUUGUUACCAGCCAUGCUCUGGUGCUGAACCCUCCUCCUGCCCUGCUACUGAUGUUGUACUGGAGUGAAUGUUUUCUAAUGUGAUAUUCUCUGUAGAAAUGUUGACCCUAUAAAACAUAAAAACGUACAAGGGUGGUUGGCUCUUUAUGGAGCCUUUUUGAGGCAGGAAAAGAAAGGUGCUGAGUUUGUAAGUAAAGCCUGCUGCAGCCCUGCGCUAUCUGCCAGCAGAUAGCAAAGGUCAUUGUGUUCUUCAAAGGCUUCUAACCCCUCGAGAGCGUUUGUAUGAGGAGAGGCUGCCUGGGUCUGCUCUCCUCCUGCUGCGUGAAGAGCUUGGUGUGUUUGGGCACUGCUCUGACCUCCUAGCCAAGAUCCUCCGGUGAAGGCGCCCCGCUCUUUUGUGGCAGAGUGGGCAAGAAGAGCUGAUGAAGAGACCCUGAGGUCCCAAGUCCCCUGGGGUGCCCUGUGUUGGAGAGAGAGCCUGACUGCUCUGGGGAGCACGUUUGGCGCAGCCUAGCGCUCUCGGGCAGGUCUGGGAUGGGUGAGAGGCAGCACCAAGGCUUAACGUGGUGCUGUGAGAGAAUCAAACAUGGAGUUCCCCCACAGUGGCAGGGAAGCUUGGAUUUAUUUUCCUUCUGCUUUAAACAAGCGUCGGUGUCAUGCUGAGCUUGUAUCGACAGUCUUGGUUUUAACCCCUGGGGGAGGGACAGAUCCGGU